CAUCCAAAUAAGGCGAAGGGCGGAACAAGUUUUGGUUCCUGAGCGUUCUGAGUGGUAAACCCCACUGUGCGGGGGGACAGGAUAAAUCGCACGAGUAAUCAGCCGAUAGCCGAAGCCCAUCAAGUGACACAUCAAGCACUCAUCAACGUAUCGUUAACAGAACAAGCCGAAGUUGAAUAGUACUUACACUGAAAACAAAAAACGCCGAUUAGACAUGUCAUAUGAAACAAAAUACAUAUUCGCUGCAUUGCCUAGAACCCAGAGAGGGACUCCCCUUGUCCUUGGAGGCGACCCCAAGGGGAAGAGCUUCCUGUAUACCAAUGGAAAUAGUGUUAUCAUCAGAAACAUCGAUAAUCCUGCAAUUGCGGAUAUCUACACCGAGCACUCGUGCGCUGUAAACGUCGCUAAAUACUCGCCCAGUGGAUUUUACAUAGCGUCUGGAGGUAAUUCC